AUGGUUGAUGUCCGCAAUCUCGUCGUUGUGGGCGGCGGCAGCUCUGCACUCCAAACCUCGCAUUACAUUGCCAAAUACUUAUUACCUCUGUUGAAGAACAAAGAUCGCGGCGUGCAUUACCACCUGUACAUGAUCGCCCCAUCUUCAGACUGGUUCUUCCGUAUCGCGUCCCCGCGCGUCGCUACAUCUACCUCUCUUCUAUCGGCCGAGAGAGUGUUCGCACCAUUCGCGGACGUAUUCGGACAGUACAGCAAGGAAGAUGUCACAUGGAUACAAGCCACUGCUACUGGUCUCAAUCAUUCCGCAAGAUUGGUAGGGUACAAGCGAAAGGACGGAAAAGAGGAGGUGCAACUGCAGUACCAUGCAUUGAUCGUCGCUACCGGAAGCAGAACGUACUACCCGGCUUUCUCAACAUGGACUGACAAAGAAACCACACUCGCAGCUAUUGAGACUACAAACGCUGCAGCCGCUGCCGCAAAAACCAUCGUCAUCUCUGGUGGCGGCGCAACAGGCGUCGAGGUUGCUGGUGAGCUGGGCGACUUUUUGAAUGGGCGACCCGGCUGGUUUUCCAAGCCGCCGCCGCGCAAAGUCAACAUUACGCUCCUCACGUCUGCACAACAACUUCUGCCCACCGUUAGGAAAGCUAUCGGCGAUGAGGCAGAGCGCAAGCUCAACACCCUCGGUGUCGACGUGCGCUACAGUACACGCGUUACAGAUGCACGCAAAGAGCAGGAUGGCAGGACCACCUUGACGUUGGCAAACGGGGAGACAAUCAUGACAGAUCUGUACAUUCCUGCCCACGGCGUGCAGCCAAACUCUUCCUGGCUCCCGCCUGACCUGCUCACCGACAAGAAGUACCUCAACACCAACAAACAAACUCUGCGCGUCGAUAUCGCAGGCCCACGUGUCUACGCGCUUGGCGAUGUAUCCAGCUAUUCGCGCAACACUGUCCUGGACAUCGUCGACGCACUGCCGGUUCUCGCCACCAACCUCAAGCGCGACUUACUCUCUUACGAUGCCAAACAACCUGACCGCGCCGCGCCGGGGACAGAUCGCAGCUUCAAGCCGAAUACAAAGGAGAUGCUGUUCGUGCCCAUAGGAACGGCGACUGGUGCUGGAGUGCUGUUCGGCUUUCGUGUGCCCGGAUUCUUCGUCUGGUUGCUCAAGGGGAGAGAUUAUUUCAUUGGCAUGAGCUUUGCGUCGACUGCGACGGGUUCGGGUGUCAAAGAGGUGAAGUGGACUAAGGAGGAGGCGGUUUCGUUCUAG